AUGGGUUUUGUCAUCACUAAUAGUGAAUCUUCUUUGUUCACUUAUAGUCAGGGUCUCGAUAGAGCAUAUUUAUUACUCUAUGUUGAUGACAUCAUAUUAACUACUUCAUCAGAUGGCUUACACAAGCGUAUUAUUACUCAGUUAAAGACUGAGUUCCCCAGGUCUGAUCUGGAACCCUUGAGUUAUUUUUUGGGUAUUGCAGUUUCCCGAACUCCAACUUACACGCUUCUUUCACAACAAAAUUAUGCACAGGAAGUAUUAGGACGCGCGGGUAUGAGAAAUUGUAAGCUUGUCGCUACUCCUGUGGACACUAAGUCCAAACUUAGUGCUGAUUCUGGUCCUAACUUCCAGGAUUCAACUAAGUACCACAACCUUGUUGGUGCUCUUCAGUACCUAACCUUUACUCGCCCUGACAUUGCGUAUGCGGUACAACAUGUUUGCCUUUUUAUGCAUGACUCUCGGGAGUCUCAUUAUGAUGCUUUAGAGCGCAUUCUGCGUUAUAUAUAG